GAGGUGGGCGGAAGGUGAUAGGGUACUUGGCGGAAUCGCGGCAACUGGGACCGCAAAUAGUCACAGACCUCUGGAGACGAUGCCCAGUGCCAGUAGCCAACAUGAGGGCAAGAGCUUCCUCAUGCCAGUACCAGCAUGGCUGCUUCCCGCGUCCCUCCCCCCACGUGACGCGGGCCCUGUUGUUUUUUUUUUCUUUUUUUAAAUGACUGUGGGCAGUCGCUCUCCGGCCGUCCAUUGGACAGGGGAGGAGAAGGGCGGCCUCUGGUGCCAGUAACGAACAUGGCUACCCCCACAGUGGUAACAAGUAUGGCCGCCCGGAAGAGGCGAGGCCUCUGGUGCCAGUCACUAAAAUAGUGGAGGCGGAGGACGAGAGUGCGUGCACACCGCUGAACCCAAUUGCUAAUACGGCCGCCCGGCUUGCCCAUACGAAAUAUGGCUGACGCCCAUGAUAAAAAUGGCCACUGGGGAGGCGUAAAGCGAAAGCCGUUCAGUAAAUAACCAUAGGCAGCCGUUACGUAGACACCAAGCGUGCCCACUUCCAAGAUGGCUGCCAACAGGCGCACAUACCCGUAAUCAAAAUGGCCGCCGCAAGAGCUAAAGCCGGAAAUGUUUCCAGGGGGACAGGUUUUUUCGUGAGCUCAGCUUUGAGUUGACUCCGUCCGUGGCCAUUUUGGUUAUGGGCAUGUGUGUGUCGGGGGUCCAUUUUGGAACUGGGCAUAUCCGCGCACCAGCCGUGCGCCUUUGAAUUCCGUCCCCCGCGGCACUUCCGGUUGCCGGGGUGCUGCGGUGUUUGGGGCCCGGGCGGUGCCUGGAGCUGCCGGGACCAUGUCGGACACAUGGAGCUCCAUCCAGGCCCACAAGAAGCAGCUGGACUCGCUGCGGGAGCGGCUGCAGCGGCGGCGGAAGCAGGACCCGUUGGACCCGCGCAACCCGGAGCUGGCGCUGACGCCGCCCUUCCGCAGCGACAGCCCCGUGCUCGCCACCGCGCCCGCACCCAGCGCCGCCGCCGGCGCCCGCGACCGCGACCUGGCCACCGACCCCGAGCUGGAGAAGAAGCUGCUGCACCACCUGGCCGACCUGGGGCUGGCGCUGCCCACCGACGCCGUCGCCAUCUGCCUGGCCAUCUCCACGCCAGAGGCACCGGCCACGCCGCGCAGCGUGGAGAGCCUGCUGCAGAAGUUUGCCGCGCAGGAGCUGAUUGAGGUGCGCCGGGGGCUGCUGCAGGACGACGAGGAGCAGCCCACUCUGGUCACCUACGCGGACCACUCCAAGCUCUCGGCCAUGAUAGGUGCCGUGGCCGAGCGCCGGGGCCCUGCUGAAGCCGGGGCCGCCAAGCGCCGCGCGGACCAGGAGGGCGGGGGCGCUGUCUCCUCCCCGGCCGGUGCCACCCCCAGUGCCACAACCAGCGCAGAGCCUGCCAAGGAGCCAGCCAAGAAAUCCCGGAAGCAGGCAUCAGACCUGGACCUGGAGAUUGAGAGCCUGCUCAGCCAGCAGUCCACCAAGGAGCAGCAGAGCAAGAAGGUGAGCCAGGAAAUCCUGGAACUGCUGAACACCACCACGGCCAAGGAGCAGUCGAUUGUAGAGAAGUUUCGGUCGCGGGGCCGGGCCCAGGUGCAGGAGUUCUGCGACUACGGCACCAAGGAGGAGUGCGUGAAAGCCACGGGCGCUGAGCGGCCCUGUCGCAAGCUGCACUUCCGGCGCAUCAUCAACAAGCACACAGACGAGUCGCUGGGCGACUGCUCCUUCCUCAACACCUGCUUCCACAUGGACACCUGCAAGUACGUGCACUACGAGAUCGACACCUGCGCUGACCCUGGUGCCCCUGGCACCCGCGACCACAACCCUGGCCAGGAGCUGGCUCUGCCGCAAGCUGUGGGUGGCGACGCCAGCGCUGACCGUCUCUUCCCACCCCAGUGGAUCUGCUGCGACAUCCGAUACCUGGACGUGAGUAUCCUGGGGAAGUUUGCAGUAGUGAUGGCUGACCCGCCCUGGGACAUCCACAUGGAGUUGCCCUAUGGGACGCUAACUGACGAUGAAAUGCGGCGCCUCAACAUCCCCGUGCUACAGGACGAGGGCUUCCUCUUCCUCUGGGUCACUGGGAGGGCCAUGGAGUUGGGACGCGAGUGCCUCAAUCUCUGGGGGUAUGAGCGGGUGGACGAGAUCAUCUGGGUGAAAACCAACCAGCUGCAGCGGAUUAUCCGCACAGGGCGUACGGGGCACUGGCUCAACCAUGGCAAGGAGCACUGCCUGGUUGGGGUCAAGGGGAACCCCCAGGGCUUCAACCGGGGCCUGGACUGCGAUGUCAUUGUAGCAGAGGUCCGCUCCACCAGCCACAAGCCCGAUGAGAUCUAUGGCAUGAUCGAGCGCCUGUCACCUGGCACCCGCAAGAUUGAGCUCUUUGGGCGGCCCCACAAUGUCCAGCCCAACUGGAUCACCUUGGGGAACCAGCUGGAUGGCAUCCACUUGCUGGACCCAGACGUGGUAGCCCAGUUCAAGCAACGCUACCCCGACGGUGUCAUCUCGAAGCCUAAGAACAUGUAGGGGACUGAAGGGGGAAUCUUGCUCAUGGGGACUGUUUUGUAAUAAAAGAGAGGAUGGAAAGAGGCACAGGCCAUGUUGAUGGCUGCAAGGAGCUGGGGGCUGCGCCAGCAGCUGGAGGCUCCCCAUGUCCUGUUCCCCCCACUCUGUCCUGCCCCCCAGUGAGACCCUCACACUGGCUCUGUCCCCUCCCACUUUAAUCCAAACCAGAACGAACCACACCACUGUCUGCCCCAGUAUUCCCCCCAGGCCCUGUUCCCCCCUCC